AUGGCCAGCGAGAUUGAGGCCAAAUAUCAAGCCGAACGGGCGAAACGCCUACGCUCUGAGGGCAUGUCCCAGUUCACCGAUCUCUUUUCAAUCGAUAAAUACACCAAAUUCAUCGCGGAUCCAUGGGAGGAAGAGUCAGCUACCCAGUACAAAUCUGCCCCUACCCCCGAGAGGACCGAGGUCUUGAUCAUCGGCGCAGGAUUUGGCGGCUUACUUUACGCGGCCCGCUUGAUAGACUCCGGGUUCGCCCCAGAAGAUAUCCAUUUGGUGGACAAUGCUGGCGGAUUUGGCGGCACAUGGUACUGGAACCGAUAUCCCGGCCUCAUGUGCGAUAUUGAAAGCUACAUCUAUAUGCCACUCCUGGAAGAGAUGGGUUAUAUGCCGACACAAAAGUAUGUCUCUGGGAACGAGCUUCGAGCUUAUUCUAAGCAAGUUGCUGAAAAAUGGAACAUCGCCGAUAAAGCAUCGUUUCAUUGCAAAGUUCAGAAACUUGUUUGGGAUGACAAGAAGAAAGAAUGGAUGGUAAAUAUGACACGGCAAAGGCGCGGGAAAGAUAUUUCUCGCUUCACUAUGCGCGCCCGCUUUGUUAUGAUGGCGGUCGGAAUCAUGGUCAUUCCGCAAAUUGCGAAAAUUAAGGGACUAGAAAAAUUCACCGGGGAAACAUUUCACACGGCUCGCUGGGACUAUAAUUGCACAGGCGGCUCUUCUGCUGAUCCUGCCCUCACGAAGCUGCGAGGCAAGAGAGUUGGUAUUAUUGGCACGGGAGCCACGGCAAUUCAAGUUGUACCAGCUGUCUCUUCUUGGGCCAAGGAGCUAUACGUCUUCCAACGAACGCCAUCGAGCGUUGACGUUCGAGGCAACUGCGACACUGAUAAGGAGUGGUGGGAUCGCGAGAUCCGGGGGAGGAGUGGCUGGCAGCAAGAAAGAAGGGAAAACUUCAAUGCAUUCAUCACCAACUUGGCAAACAAGCCGGAAAGAGAUAUGGUCUCCGAUGGCUGGACAGGCAUGCCGGCUUACAGCGCUUUAGUCGGGACGGAGGACGAGAUUCGGCCCGAGGACAUGGAGAAAUAUGCCCGGUCCCUCCAUACGCUCGACUUGCCACGUCAAGAGAAGAUUCGUGCGAGAGUUGACCAGCUUAUCACCGACAAAGAGACUGCCCAGAAUCUCAAGGCCUGGUACCCAAGCUGGUGCAAGAGGGCCUGCUUUCACGAUGAGUAUCUCCAGGCCUUUAAUAAGGAAAAUGUGACGCUCGUGGACACAAACGGCCGUGGGGUCGAGCUUAUCAAUGAAAGGGGAAUCAUCUUCAACGAUAAAGAGUAUCCCUUGGAUGUCUUGAUUCUUGGUACUGGCUAUCGGAGCCCAUUCCUCUUUAGUCCAGGCGGCCGCGUCGAUAUUGACGUUCGGGGCCGUGGUGACUGCUCGCUGGAUGCAAAGUGGAAAGACAAACUCGCAACUCUACACGGGAUUAUGAGCCACGAUUUCCCCAACCUGUUCUGGCCCGGAUUUUCUCAGGCUUCUGGCUCGCCCAACUUUGUAUACUGUAUUGAUAUGUCAGUAAAGCAUGCAGUCGACAUCCUGGCCGAAGCCAGGAAGAGAGUGAAGCCAGGACCACAGCCUUCCUCAGGUUACAAGUAUAACGUGGUCGUGGAGCCAACUAUUGAAGCCGAGGAGGAGUGGUCCGCCAGGGUAGUCUCCCAGGCUGGCGUUUUUGCGGCCACUGCAGGCUGUACGCCUAGUUAUAUCAACGCGGAGGGAGAGAUGGACCGGUCUGUGCCAGUAGAAGAGCUCAAAAGGCGAGCAAGGGGAGCCAUGUGGGGGAAAGGAAUUUUUGAUUUCGAGAGGGUGAUUACGGAGUGGAAAACAACUGGAGGUUUCCAGGGUGUGGAUUUUAUGGCUGUGGAGUAA